GGGGGGGUAUGUAAAUGUUUAUAAUUUGAAAUUAUAAAUUUUACAGGUUAUCUACGUGGUGGGGGUGGGUUUUUUUUUAUAGCCGGAUCUAAUCCGCCCCUGUUUAAAUAUUAAAAUUAAGCAAAUAAUUUUGAAGCAGGACGGUUAGACCCCUUGUUAAUAAUGAUAAAUAUUAAUAUAGUGACACACACUAAACAGUGGAUUAUUAAUUAUUAAUUAUUAUUUUUGACGUGUUCCAAUUGCCCGUUUCUGGUUAGUCUCCCACCCCCCGCAAAAUAAUUCCUGGAUCUACUUCUGAAUACAGAAUUAUUUGCAACGAUGGUCUAAAGGCUAGGGCUAGCUCAGAUUGACCAUGUGAAUACACAGAUCAGUGGCCGACUGACUCUCCUGCAUCAGAAUGCGAUUGAGUAAAACAAAAAUUCCACUGAAAAAAAUAAUCCACCCUAUAGUGGUACAGACUGUUUAAAUGCGAAUUAAAAUUAAGCCGAAUAAGACAUUUUCACUUCGUUGACAAAACCAAAUAGAGGACCCCUUCCCCCUCUCUCCCAAAGUCGAGCAGUCGAGUAGUCGAGUAUGCGAAAAGCACGUGCAAUGGCACAUGCGAAACAGACCACUGGCGGCGGCAUGGUUUUAGAAAGGUCCUCAUGUCAAACUUGUGCCGAUUCUUUUCUUUGUACACUAAACUUUUUUUUUCUCUCUUUUUUUUCAAUCGAUCAAUCAAGCAAUCAAUGGGGUGGACGGCUCUCACACUGAAGAGGGCGGGCAAUAUUACUGAAUAGUCUUAUGGGGCAAAUACAAGACACGUGUGCAGCACUUUUAGCGAUUCUAGACUGGCAAUCUAACAGGUCAUACGGGCUCCUAUUUUUGUAGAGGGCAGGGCAGACUGAUUUUUGCCCGAAUUAAACGAAAAUGGAAUUUUUUAAAAAACUACAUUUUAUUUAUAUUAGCCAUAUUUGUGACUGACUGCGGCUGGUAUUUGUACGAAUGGCUAAUUACAUGUAGGCCUACAAAUAUAACGUGAGAGACAAGUGGACGAACACUUAAAAUCGUAGUUUCAGUUUAUAAAAUACGUGUCUUUACAUUAUAUACAUAUUGUCAUUACCUGUAGAAAACAAAAAUAAUACAAGAAAAAUAGGUGGACCUACAACGAUUAAUAUAUUUUGUAGAGGAUGACUGGCCAUGGGACGAACAGUCUAGGGCUACUAUGACAUGGGGCCCCGAGACAUACAGAGUCGAAUUAUUAUGAACUAGUGGUUAAAAUGACGAAUCAAGAGAGGUUUAAGAAGAAAAUAAUAAUAAUAAUAAUAAUAAUAAUAAUAAUAAUAAUUAUUAUUAUUAUUAUUAUAAUUCCACCGUGUUCAACGUUUUUGAGUCUUGAGAUAAACCCUGCGUUCAUCGCCCCAUCUAGCGGCAGUUACAACGUAAAUACUUCCGUUUUGUGAGUGAUCCGCAACUGGCGUAUCAAGUGUGUCCCCUUUGAGGAGUUACACUGGUUUGCUGUGCACUGUACGAGUAUGAACAACACCAACAGACUGAUCAGUGGAGACAACAAGGGUUACGCGUCCCAGCUCUUUGAGAAACUCAUGAAUCCCGACAGUCUUCCUGGACAGGGUACAUUUGUAGCAGCAUUUGCUCAGAGUAAUGAAGGGGACGUGUCUCCUAACACUAAAGGACCUCACUGUACUGACAGUGGCCUGCCCUGCGAUAUCCUCACCAGCACGUGCCACGGAAAGAUUUCUCUUUGUAAACCCGCUAUGGGGUACAGUUUUGCAGCUGGCACUACUGAUGGUCCAGGCAUGUUUGAUUUUAAACAAGGUAACUGUCUGUUAAUUUUGUCUGUAGUCAUUUUAAGAAUAUUUACAAAUGAAUUAUUUUUGGGGUAAUCUGUGUGAUCUGGUGUUUAAAAAAUAUUUUAUUAUGAUAGGGUUUGUAACAGGCCAACAACUGCUUAUAAGAAUAAAUCGGUUUUAUUUGUUUACCAGUCUCACUGCACCAUUUUUGCUCCUUGUGUUGGUAACCAAAGGUAUGUUAAAAACCAAGGGCCAAAUUUACAAGGCCUGUUUUUAUCAAACAGACGUACAUAUUAACUACAUACAUUUAUUAUACUUAAACACCUGGGGUUUUUUAAGA